UACGUGAUAACCACGCUCGCGAUGCGCGUGAUUGUCAGGCCACCGGUUUCUUCAUGCAGUAAAGAGAAGAACGAAGUGAGAUUGACACCGCAUUGUGCAGCUAUUGCCGGGUUUUCCGAAGCCAUGAAUACCAGUGAGAAGGAUGCGAUCGAGCAGAAUGCAUCCAAUGCGGUCUCUGGGGCCAUGUCACCCGAGUCGACCACAUCCCUCGGAACACACGGGGGCCACAAGAAGCACGUCCGGAAGCACAAGUUCUCCGCAGACGCCACACCAAAAGAUCAGACGUCCUCGGAGUUUGGUGGUGCAGCCGCGCAGACGCGCAAGGCCACCGGCGACCUCUCACCACAGGAGCAGCCGGAGCAGGCCACACCUUCCCAAACGUCACCAGAAAGCUCUCUGGCAGCAUCUCCCGAACCGGCUCAAGUCGAGCCUGAGGACUUUACUCAGGACGAUGUGGCGCGACCAGGGGCGUCAAGUCCGUUGAUGUCAUUCCCGCCAAUUGAAGCAGAAGAGGGCCGACAAUCACCUGGGAGGAUACCCGGGGCCCUGUCGUUCAAUGAAGAGAGAAACCAGACAAAGAUCGUCCUACCCAUAAUUAUAGCUGUGGCCAUUGUAGGCGUCAUCGCAGCCAUCAUCUUUACCAUGGUCGUACGUGGACACCGCGUCUUCAAGCAGCCCUAUGUGGGAGGCACCGGAGUGGCAAGCGGCACGAUUAUGCCAGUGAAGACCAACACUUCGUCCAUGGUUCCAUAAAAGGCUAUUGCGCGUGAAGCUUUGCCCCAAUACCAUACAUUGUAGCACUGCAGAAAAGAGUGGACGUCAGACUGUUUUUCGUGAUGUUUCUCUAAUGCAUCUGUGAUGUUUACUUGCAUUUCGCCAAAGUAAUGAGGAAAUUUUAUUGAAACGCAGGGAUGCUUAUUCUGAACAAGAUAAUUGUUCACCUCUUGUUUAACGCCUCCACUCUUUAAAAGACCGAAGCAGUUACUACCUAAUAUUAUACUAUUUGCUACCUUAGUGUAAUUGCAGUAAGUAACGAUUUUGGCUAGUGAGUAAGACUCACUAGCCAAAACCAAAAAAGUGCUGUGAUUAACAAGCGGAGUGCCCACAGCAGCAGCAUCGUCAGUGAAACAAAGUGGCUGACGCUGAGGUUGGAAGACAGUGUGCAGCCCACAGGCAUCACUGAACUAUAAUUGCUCAAUUAUUAUCUGGAUAUUAUUCUAGGUGCUUGUUAGUGUGCCAAGUACUCAUCCUGGAAUUACCCACUCGUUCUCUACGGCUCCCUAUGCUCUGUGAUAUCACCACGCCCUGCCUCCAGCCGCACUCUUCAACUGCUCUAGACUGCCUCACCAAGGUGACCCUGUAGUC